AUGAAGCUGGUCCACAUACUGUUGUUGCUGCUAGAAAUCACAAUCCUAACACGCUGCGUGAUGGGAAAGGCAGUGACUUCCAGCAUCGGGAACGAUACGGGUGUGCAGUUGACUAACGUUGGAACGGAACCAUCGGAAUCUUCCGACGACAUCCCGACGGAGAAAGAGGAUACUAUCGGCGCAACUACAACUACAACAAUCAAUCCGGCUAUCAACGAAGUUAACACCUCCGACGAUGAAGUCCCCAUUUUCAAUCGCAACCAGGUAACGUUGGAUUUACCCGGCGAUCUAUUCUCUUCCACCGCCAAUCUAACUCUUCGUUUGCGCAGUUUUAUUGGUGACUUUAUUACGCGCACUUCGGUACGAAUUGCGCAAGUGGUGCGAUUCUUUCAGCCACUGUUCGGAUACCAUCUGAUGAUCGACAUCCCGAAGGAGCUGGACGUAUAA